GCGGCCUUCCCUCAGCCUGCCCGCGGCAGGGCGGCGGCAGCGGCGGCUUCCGGCGAAGCCCUCUUGCCUUCAACAAAGAUGGUGGUCCCCGCGCAGGCUCGGCGGGCGCCGGGGCGCCCCGUGUAGUUCCCCACUUCCCUGGUGUUGUCAGAUGGAUGCCAGAGACAAGCAGCUUUUACGCUCCCUGCGCCUGGAGCUCUGCACAGAGGUGCUGGUGGAUGGACUUGUUAUUCAGUAUCUCUACCAAGAAGGGAUUCUCACGGACAGUCACGUUCAAGAAAUAAAGUCCCAAACCACCAGUCAGAGGAAAACUAUGAUGCUCCUUGAUAUUCUCCCCACCAGAGGACCCAAGGCUUUUGAUGCGUUUCUGGAUUCCUUGCAGGAGUUCCCAUGGGUUAAAGAGAAGCUGAUGAUGAAGCGUAAGGAAAUGACAGUACAAGAUCCUGCAGCUGUAACUGAAAUCGCACCAUGUAUUUUGAAGACUUCACCAACAGAUCAGCAGCUGAACAAGCUUGCGAGGAGACUGGGACCCGAAUGGGAGCAUAUAGUUCUGUGCCUGGGUUUGUCCCAUACUGACAUCUAUCGAUGUAAAGUCAAUCACCCUCACAACCUGCAGUCACAGAUCGUAGCUGCAUUUGUCCUGUGGAGACAGCGUUUGGGGAAAAAAGCCACAAUCCAAAAUCUCCAAGCCGGUCUGAUGGCAGAAGAAGUGGAUCCUUCUGUGAUACAGUACAUGCUGGAGUGAAGCUUUGCUAUUGAUUGCGAGCUUUCAAGUAAUUUGUUAAAUUAAUUAGAGGAUUCACUGAAAUGUAUACUGAAGAUCUGACACCUCAAACUGGAAAAAAAUGGGGUUGGGAAGUGUGGUUUUAUUAAGCUUAAACAUUCCAGUUUUCUGUGGCAUCUUGUGACUUGUAAUUCUUUUCAUGCCAGAUUAAUUUUUAGCAGGCAUUAAAAAAUGGAUCACUCUUUCCUGUUCGCUUUUGUACUAUUCCAGUGGGGAUAUAGGGUGACACUUAAAGUCCUUGCAAGCAGGAGGCCCUGCAGUGAGUUCAGCGAGGUUUCUGGUUUCAUUGCGGGAGCAACACUUGGUUUAACCUAUUUUCUGGACUACGUAGGAGCCUUUUUUACUGCUGUUCCAUGCUAGUUCCCUGAUAUCCCAGCAAGAAAUGAGAAUAAUCACUGUUACUAAUUUAACAAUUUUACAACGGUUAUUGCAGGUGGCUAAUUUCACAUUUAUAAAAGUUUUAGCACCUACGGUUUCUUGCUAGGAUAGAUGGCUGCCACCUUAGUCUGCCUUUGAAAUUGGCCCUAAGUGGAAGUAACUGGAACCUAGUGUGCCUGUGAGGCUUUUUCCAGUUAUUAUUUAAUGCGUUUCUGCAAGGAGACAGGCAGUGUGCACAUAUGCCAUCUCUUAGCAUAGCAUGGGUGGGGAGUUCUUAGUAAGACACAUGGUUUAAAAGUGACCAGAAGAUAGGCAGGAGACGGCAAACAGAGCAAGAAGGGGCAUAAAAAAUGAGACAACUUCUAAGUUGUCCGUGUUUGUCUCCGCUGAUAAACUGGGAGACAAUCAGGUGCCUGCUGAGUCUUUAUACUAUGUUCUGGAUCCAGGCAAUCUUGUUUCACAGGAGUUUUACUCUUAGGCUGAGUGUCAUAGGCACCUUUCUCUGACCACCGCGUGCCCAACGGGGUACUGAAGCUUGCAGGUCUUUGCUGGUCAAGAUGAACUCCCCACUCCUCUCCUUCCAGCUUGUGCCAUCCACCAGGCUCGUUUGUGUUCUGCCAGCUUUUCUGCACCUAAUGGGGGCAGCUUCGACACUCCCGUCCCUAGUUCUUUGCCAGCUGUAAUCGUACCACCAGUGAUGAUUAGAUUUUAUCCAGAAGAAUGGUAAAGCUUGGGCUUUUCUCCUCCUCCCCUCCUGGCAGGGAGUUUUUCUUCCUGCUGGAAGAAACCACUGAGGUUUUUGCUGAUCAGGUAAGUGGGGAUCAGUCCACAGGGUACGCAUCCAAAGGCAAUGGAAGUGACCAGCUGCUCUCUGAGGCCUGCUGAUAAGAGGCAGAAUGCAUUUUAAUUCUCCCUGGGCAGUUUGCUGUACAGUAAACGAGGAACAAAGUUUGGAUGCAGGGUUUCCAGGUCUAUUUAUGAGCAAGUUCUGGUAGACUCUUUCAUCUGCAGAGUCUUUGCCAAGUUACUUCCCAUCCUACACGAUCUGCCCCGUAUAAUUUAACAGCUUAACAGCCUUGUCAGAAGUCUUUAUUGGAGCAUGAAUGAACUUUACUGCCUUUUUUUUUUUUUUUUUUUUUAAUUCUUCCUGUGCCCAGAUUUUGGAAGACGUCUGGGAAAUUAGGAAAGACAAAGAGAUUUUAAGGACACGCUGUCUGCCUUGUUUUUAAGAAGCAUGGAAACAGAAAACAUAUCCUGGCAGUAUCAGCUCCUACAGGUCCCAGAGCAGUCUGAUGGUAUUUUGGUUUUAAUCUUCUGCAUACAGUUCUGACCUUCAGUAAAUCAUGAUCCUGUUAUACCUCACUCAGAUCUUAACUAAUCAUAUCCUGUUACGGCUACUUACAGGGUUUAAGGCUAUCAACAAGUCCCAAAUAAACAAUGUAAAUAAAUUUAGGCCUUGGGAUUUAUUUAUUUUUCUGUUUCAUGAUGCUUUAAUGCCAGCGUAUUCCUUUUUGGUUGAAAAUCAUCCUAGAGGUGGUGUACAGGCAUUUGGCAAAUUGAGAUGAGCGUGGCCCAGCACGGGGAGCGUGAUGAGGACUCUGAAGCAAUUCUGCCCGUGAGACGAGCAGGAGCAUGGUCUGCGUGUUAGGGAAGAGGGGAAAAGCAGUGUCCCUGGCAGCAGUUUGGAGGAACAAAAGCUAGAGAUGGAAGAAACUACUGAAAUCACGUAGAGGAAGAAGCUGGCUCCCGGUCAUAUAAAUGUAAGUAGCUUACCUUGUUCUGAGCUGGCACGGACCAAGUCUUAAUACAGACUGGUCUGCAAAGGAGACAUCCCCAGUUAACCCAGCCUGAAGGCAGUGCUCCGGGAAGGCAACCAGUCUGGAUGGUAGAGCAGUGUAAUGGGCACACUCACAGGGCCCUAGUACCACCUUCUUUGCAUGAACUUUGUAUUUCAUGUUCCUGAUUUGUUAGACCAAUGUCAGGUUAUCCAUAACUAAUAUAUUUAGAGCAUUUUUAAUGAUUAAGAAAACAGCCUGGAGUAGGUGUGAAGUCUCACGCCAAAGAAGCCUUCCUUGCAAGCCAGGUAUCCUUCUGUGUAUCUACUAGGGGCCACUGGAAACCUGAUGGGUCACUAUCUCAUCAGGUAGUUUCCCCACAGUCUUUAAACUGGGCUUUAGGUGGGCUGAAUCCUGCAUCCCGGCAGUGGUACCGAAGUGACAGGAGCCAUGGCUGAGCAAGGAAUUUAAAACCUGGCCUCUUGUAUUGUAGAACAAAGCACUUAAUUCAUAAUUUAUAGUUACUUUCACAUUCCCAGGCCCUAAAUUAAUGCUGUAAUACUUGAGUUGCAAAUACUGAAGGGAGAGGUUUACUUAUUUUAUGAGGCUGUUUCCAUUGCUGUUAUUUUUAAAUUCAUGGAAAUGUUCCUAUUAGACUCUUCAGUUUUAUUAAAGCUUGUUUUUGCACCACACAAAUGCAGGGACACAUUUAACUUGACAGUAGUAUUCCUUUAACCCAGUGGAUUUUUCCGUCCACUUAAAAAUAUUUUUCUUCUGUAUGUAAUGCUUUAUUUUGCACAAGGAUGCAAUUAAGACAAUUUAAUUCUUCAAAUGUAUAGCAAGACCUCUCUUUCUCUCUUAGGACAGCCAAAAGCUCUUAAAAUGUUUAUUCUUCUCUGGCUAAUUUGGGAGCAAAUGUUAUUUAUUUACAUCUCACUCAUGGACAAGGCUGGGACUUCAGUAUUGUUCAGGAGUGAGGCAACUCAGGGAGUGAAUUUCCCCAUCUCUCCCUUCGCCUCAACUGCCUUGCGCCACCAGUUUGGGUGACGACAAGGGGCUUGCGCAGGGGUUCCUGUGCCCCCAGGACUGGUGCACGGGACAGGCUGAGAGCUGGGGGCAGCCCCCCCAGCAAGGACUCGUCCCUCUUCCACCGCUCAUUGCUUACCUUGAGUGGCCACUCCAGGCUUCCGGCUAGUGCGUGGGCUCAGGGACAAAGGCUAGGCAGCAGCAACUGUUCUCUGGUGUGUUUGGGUUUCUUAACUGAUGUUGAAAAAGCCUUUCUAGUAAAAAUGGUAUUAUGGCUAUCUACUUACCUAUGGCAGUGUUUAGGAGCCCUGAGAGAGGAAAACGUAAAGGUGGCCCCUGUUGGACCUUCCACUGAAAUGGAUGGCUUAACUUCUGUUCCUUGGAAAAAGUAGUUGUUGAUUCUCUUCCUUGGUCUGUAAAGGACACUUUGAGAUCCCAUGUAACUUUCCUAAGUGGUAAGCAGGCUUUAUAAAAGCUGUUUUGUACUCUGCAAGUACAGGUGGACUCUUAGCAUAGCAACAGGCAAGAUCUAAGAGCACUGCUUCCCACCUGUAUAAAGUAGCAUGGAUGAUCACAAAGGAGGGAUCUCCUCAGGGCAGAACCAUGUCAAGGAGGCUUUAUGCUGCAUUGAACGGUAGUUGGACUGUAGAGUAAAAUGAAAAUGCAGUUGUCUUUGAGCCGCUUCUCCCAGAUGAUGUGGGGGAAAUUUCCAUCUUGAGUCAUAUGUUAUGGCAGUCAUUGAUCAAUGGAAUAAAACAUUUUGCAAAAGGCUGGAAAAAUAAACAAAGUCAUAUUAUAUUCACAGAACAUAAUGGGCACGCUCAUCUGAUGCUAAAUGCGGUCAUGCUGCCAGUUUUGUUUCUUAUUGGCAAUAAAAACAGUCUCUGAGAGCUAAUCUGUUUAUAAACUUCCGUAUUCUCCAUGGCCAUAGGCUGAUGUCAAGGCAUAGAAGAAGUAGAGAUGAAGUAAAA